AGAAAGCCAGCGAUCGGUAGAGAGAGAAAUUAAAGAGAUUUUUAGAGAGAGAGAGAGAAAUAGAUAGGAAGAGAUUUGGUUUUAUUUUAUUUUAUUUUAUUUUUGGCUCUCUCACUUUUGAUGUGCUUGUAAUUGUAUUGGGGUGGCCUUUGAGAUUGUCUCCUUUUUCUAUUCCUCAAGCUCAAAGCGCUACGGAGAGGAAAACCUAGAGAUUUUCUCGGGAAAGUUUUAUCAGCCUAAUUUUCUUUUCUGGAUCAUAAGACAACUGAGAAGGAUCCGGGCUAGGGUUUGAUUGUGGGGAUUUAUUGGUUUUUGUUUUUGGGUUGGAUUCUUAGAAGUCGAUCGAAAUGUUGAUUAGGAAUGUUAAUUCGGUGAAAUUCUAGCUCCGAUCUUGAUAGUAGGACUUGAAUCAAAGGGUUGAAAUAAUGGAUGUGGAUGCGUCGAUGGUGCCGGAGAACGAUCACGAUCCGGCGGUCGAGAAUCAUAGCACGACAACACCUGCUCCGCCCCCCGCCAUGGAUAGGGAGCAGCAACAGCAACAACAACAGCAGCAGCAGCAGCAGUUAGGUGAGCAGUCGCAAGCCGGAGGUGGAUCUCCUCCGCAGUCACCCACGCAACAGCCGGCGUCGCAGCAAACUCAGCCGCAGCAGCAGGGCGUCGCCCCUGGUGCUCAGGUGCAGCAGACUCCCGUGGUCGGGCCGCGCCAUGCCCCGACCUACUCGGUUGUGAAUGCAAUUAUAGAGAAGAAAGAGGACGGGCCGGGGCCGAGGUGCGGUCAUACAUUGACGGCGGUCGCAGCUGUGGGAGACGAGGGUACGCCGGGUUACAUUGGCCCCAGGUUGAUUUUAUUCGGCGGUGCCACCGCCCUUGAGGGAAAUUCCGCGGCUUCUGGGACUCCGUCUUCCGCUGGAAGUGCCGGCAUCCGACUGGCAGGUGCCACUGCUGAUGUCCACUGUUAUGAUGUGUUAACAAAUAAAUGGUCUAGGAUCACUCCUUUUGGUGAACCGCCCACACCAAGGGCAGCACAUGUAGCAACUGCUGUUGGAACUAUGGUCGUUAUUCAGGGUGGAAUUGGUCCUGCUGGUUUGUCUGCUGAAGAUCUUCAUGUUCUUGAUCUCACACAACAAAGACCGAGAUGGCAUAGAGUUGUUGUUCAAGGCCCAGGACCAGGGCCACGUUACGGUCAUGUGAUGGCUUUGGUGGGGCAGAGAUAUCUGAUGGCAAUUGGUGGAAAUGAUGGGAAACGGCCUUUAGCUGAUGUUUGGGCGCUAGACACAGCUGCAAAGCCUUACGAAUGGCGUAAGUUGGAACCAGAGGGAGAUGGUCCUCCACCGUGCAUGUAUGCAACUGCAAGUGCACGCUCUGAUGGUCUUCUUCUUCUUUGCGGGGGGAGGGAUGCUAACAGUGUGCCACUGGCAAGUGCAUAUGGGCUUGCUAAACAUAGGGAUGGCCGUUGGGAAUGGGCUAUUGCUCCGGGUGUUUCGCCAUCUCCGAGAUAUCAACAUGCAGCCGUUUUUGUUAAUGCACGAUUACAUGUCUCUGGGGGUGCACUUGGCGGUGGACGCAUGGUAGAAGACUCAUCAAGUGUUGCAGUGUUGGAUACUGCAGCAGGGGUUUGGUGUGAUACAAAAUCUGUUGUUACAAGCCCCAGAACAGGCAGAUACAGUGCUGAUGCAGCUGGUGGAGAUGCUGCAGUAGAGUUGACUAGGCGAUGCAGGCAUGCAGCUGCUGCGGUUGGUGAUUUAAUCUUCAUCUAUGGCGGUUUACGUGGUGGUGUGCUGCUUGAUGAUCUACUUGUUGCCGAAGAUCUUGCUGCUGCUGAAACUACAAGUGCAGCUUCACAUGCUGCAGCUGCAGCUGCAGCAUCAAAUUUGCAAGCAGGUCGUUUGCCUAGUAGGUAUUUUGUUGAUGAAAGAACAAGGUCAUUGCCUGAAGCAGCUCCAGAUGGUACAGUUGUGGUGGGAAAUCCAGUUGCUCCCCCUGUUAAUGGAGACAUGUAUACUGAUAUAAGCACUGAGAAUGCCUUGCUCCAGGGAACCCGGAGAACGAGUAAGGGUGUUGAAUAUUUAGUUGAAGCGGCCGCUGCCGAAGCAGAGGCAAUCAGUGCCACAUUGGCUGCUGCUAAAGCACGUCAAGUCAACGGAGAAGUUGAGCUACCUGACAGAGACCGUGGUUCAGAGGCAACCCCUAGUGGGAAGCAAAUAUCUACCUUAAUCAAACCUGAUUCUGCAGGGGCAAAUAGCAUUCCUCCAGCUGGAGUUCGGUUGCAUCACAGAGCUGUGGUUGUAGCUGCCGAGACUGGUGGAGCUCUAGGUGGCAUGGUCAGACAGCUUUCAAUUGACCAGUUUGAAAAUGAAGGCAGGAGGGUUUGCUAUGGGACUCCAGAAAGUGCGACUGCAGCGAGGAAAUUAUUAGAUAGACAGAUGUCUAUCAAUAGUGUUCCUAAAAAGGUGAUAGCACAUCUUUUGAAACCUCGUGGCUGGAAACCUCCAGUUCGCCGACAGUUUUUCUUAGAUUGCAAUGAAAUAGCAGAUCUUUGUGAUAGUGCUGAGAGGAUAUUCUCGAGUGAACCUAGUGUUUUACAGCUUAGGGCACCUAUUAAGAUAUUUGGUGACUUGCAUGGCCAAUUUGGAGAUCUUAUGCGCCUUUUUGAUGAGUAUGGCUCACCUUCCACUGCUGGGGACAUUGCAUAUAUCGAUUAUCUCUUCUUGGGAGAUUACGUUGACCGAGGGCAACACAGUUUGGAAACCAUUUCACUUCUGCUUGCUUUGAAGGUUGAGUACCCCCAAAAUGUACAUUUAAUUCGUGGGAACCAUGAAGCUGCAGAUAUCAAUGCCCUUUUCGGCUUUCGAAUUGAGUGCAUUGAGCGAAUGGGUGAGCGAGAUGGGAUUUGGGCAUGGCAUCGGAUAAAUCGCUUGUUUAAUUGGCUACCUCUAGCAGCUCUUAUUGAGAAAAAAAUUAUUUGUAUGCAUGGUGGUAUUGGUCGGUCAAUAAAUCAUGUGGAACAAAUUGAGAAUCUUCAGCGUCCAAUUACAAUGGAAGCAGGGUCAAUUGUGCUAAUGGAUUUAUUAUGGUCUGACCCUACAGAAAAUGACAGUGUGGAAGGACUGAGACCAAAUGCCAGAGGUCCUGGUUUGGUUACUUUUGGGCCUGAUCGUGUGAUGGAGUUUUGCAAUAACAAUGAUCUUCAGUUGAUUGUUCGCGCACAUGAGUGUGUCAUGGAUGGCUUUGAGCGUUUUGCCCAGGGGCAUCUGAUUACACUUUUCUCUGCCACCAAUUAUUGUGGUACGGCAAAUAAUGCGGGGGCUAUCCUAGUUCUAGGUAGGGAUCUUGUUGUGGUUCCAAAACUUAUUCAUCCCCUUCCACCAGCAAUUUCGUCUCCAGAAACCUCACCAGAACGCCAUAUUGAGGACACAUGGAUGCAGGAGUUGAAUGCUAACAGACCUCCAACACCAACGAGAGGCCGUCCCCAAGUCGCAAAUGAUCGAGGCUCUCUUGCUUGGAUAUAGUUGAUUGUUCCAACAAUUUGAUUCAACGAAUUUAUUCAGAAAGCUUAUACUUCCACCUGGGGUUUCUGGUUUCCUGUAUAGAGCAUAUGUGCCACACAUGAAUUUCUGAAAUCUUUUCCAGAAAUGGGAUGAAAGGCUUUUUGAGUUUUUGGUUUCUUGCCACUCAAUUGGUAGGCCUUUAGAUGACGAAAAGAUGCAAGUUUCGGAACCAGGUUGCUGCCGGCGGGUAGGUUAUUUUUACAUGCUAAAAAGUUGCAGUUGAUCCACUCUCACCCUUGUAAAUUGAGCCACAGGCAGGUAGAAAUCAGUCUUCGAUGCUCUUCCUCUGGAUUGCUAGUGCUGAGUAUUUCUCUCAUUAAUUUAUAUAUUUUUUUAUUCCUCGUGUUAGGCCUAUUAUUUUUUUUCUUCUUCCUUUCCUUGCUUCUCUUUCUAAGAUGACAUACUUGUGGUGAGAUAUAUAAAUGUUAGAAUCCUUGUGAGCGUCCUUCUUGUAUCAUAGAGGUGUUGCUUUGUGUAUUUACAUCUCUGCUUUUGUACAAUGUAACAUUUGUGUGAAGAUAAGCCACCUUUUUUUGUCCA